GCAAGAUGGCGACUGCAGUGGGGGUCCGCAGCCGGUGUCUGCUGUCGCCUUGCUCCGGCCCAGGAUGGCUCCUAGGUCUUUCUGCCUUGCUGAGUGCGGCGGCUCGGGGCGCCUUCGCCACCACGCACUGGGUCGUCACCGAGGACGGCAAGAUCCAACAGCAGGUUGACUCACCAAUGAACUUGAAGCAUCCCCAUGACUUGGUCAUAUUAAUGAGACAGGAAACAACAGUUAACUACCUCAAAGAAUUGGAGAAGCAGUUAGUUGCUCAAAAAAUCCACAUAGAGGAGAAUGAGGACAGAGACACAGGACUAGAACAACGACACAAUAAAGAAGAUCCAGACUGCAUCAAAGCCAAGGUGCCAUUGGGAGACCUGGAUCUGUAUGAUGGCACAUACAUAACUUUGGAGAGCAAAGACAUCAGCCCUGAAGAUUAUAUAGACACAGAAUCACCUGUCCCUCCAGACCCAGAGCAACCUGACUGUACUAAAAUUCUAGAACUUCCAUACAGUAUACAUGCUUUCCAGCACUUACGAGGUGUACAAGAGAGGAUUAAUCUUUCUGCCCCUCUAUUACCUAAAGAAGAUCCAGUCUUCACCUAUUUAUCUAAACGGUUAGGAAGGAAUAUAGAUGACAUAGGCCAUCUCAUUCAUGAAGGCCUGCAGAAGAACUCUUCUUCCUGGGUACUAUAUAACAUGGCUUCAUUUUACUGGAGAAUAAAAAAUGAGCCAUAUCAAGUUGUGGAAUGUACCAUGCGAGCUCUCCACUUCUCAUCCAGGCACAAUAAAGACAUUGCCCUGGUGAAUUUGGCAAAUGUUCUCCACAGAGCACAUUUCUCUGCUGAUGCUGCUGUUGUGGUCCAUGCAGCUCUGGAUGACAGCGAUUUCUUCACCAGCUACUACACGUUGGGGAAUAUAUAUGCAAUGCUUGGGGAGUAUAACCAUUCAGUGCUCUGUUAUGACCAUGCUUUGCAGGCCAAACCUGGGUUUGAGCAAGCUAUAAAGAGGAAGCAUGCUGUCCUGUGUCAGCAAAAACUUGAGCAGAAAUUAGAGGCUCAACAUAGAUCUCUUCAGCGAACACUGAAUGAGUUAAAGGAGUACCAGAAGCAGCAUGACCACUACCUGAGACAGCAGGAGAUCCUAGAGAAACACAAGCUGAUUCAGGAGGAGCAAAUCUUAAGAAAUAUUAUCCAUGAGACUCAGAUGGCUAAAGAGGCACAGUUAGGAAAUCACCAGAUAUGCCGUCUGGUCAACCAGCAGCAUAGUUUACACUGCCAGGGGGACCAGCCUGUGCGCUACCAUCGAGGAGACAUCUUUGAAAAUGUGGAUUAUGUUCAGUUUGGUGAUGAUUCAUCAACUUCCAGUAUGAUGUCUGUGAACUUUGAUGCUCCAGCAAAUCACAGUGACAUCGGUAAUUCAGGCAAAUCUUCUCCUGUUGCCCAUUCUGUUCUCUGGAUCUGGGGCCAGGAUUCUGAUGCAUACAGGAACAAACAGCAUAUUCUGUGGCCUAAAAGAGAAGAUUGUACAGAAAGCUACCCUAAAGUCCCUGUUGGUGGGGAAUUGCCAACAUAUUUUCUGCCCCCGGAGAACAAAGGACUCAGGAUCCACGAACUCAGCAGUGACGAUUAUUCUUCAGAAGAAGAGACCCAAACCCCUGACUGUUCCUUAACUGACUUCAGAAAAAGCCACACUGUGUCCUACUUAGUCAAAGAAUUAGAGGUUCGCAUGGAUCUGAAAGCCAAAAUACCUGAUGACCAUGCACGCAAAAUUUUGCUUUCCCGUAUCAAUAACUAUACUAUCCCAGAAGAAGAAAUUGGGUCUUUCUUAUUUCAUGCUAUUAACAAGCCAAAUGCCCCUGUCUGGCUCAUUCUCAAUGAAGCUGGACUCUAUUGGAGAGCAGUAGGAAACAGCACUUUUGCUAUUGCCUGUCUGCAGAGGGCUUUGAAUUUAGCGCCAGUUCAAUACCAGGAUAUUCCUCUUGUUAACCUGGCCAACCUUUUGAUUCACUAUGGCCUUCAUCUUGAUGCUACUAAGCUACUCCUGCAAGCUCUGGCCAUCAAUAGCUCUGAGCCCCUGACCUUUUUGAGUCUGGGAAAUGCUUACCUUGCUCUGAAGAAUAUCACUGGGGCACUUGAAGCCUUUAGACAGGCUUUGAAAUUAACUAGCAAAUGCCCCGAAUGUGAGGACAGCCUGAAGUUAAUUCGCUGCAUGCAGUUUUAUCCUUUUCUGUACAACAUCACCUCUUCUGUUUGUAGUGGUCAUUGUCAUGAGAAAACUUGGGACAACAGCCAUGACAACUCACAGUCACUGGAUGCUGAAGAAGAGCUGCAAGGGCCAGAGGAGGACCCCAUGCUCUCUGUUGAGCACUCAGAGAGGGACUCUGAGGCCGUUAGGCUUGAAAGUACAGUGGUUGAAGAAAACAAUGGUUCUGAUGAGUUGGAGAAUUCAGAAGAGACAAAGAUGUCAGAAGAAAUACUGGCUUUGGUGGAUGAAUUUCAACAGGCAUGGCCUCUGGAAGGUUUUGGGGGAGCACUAGAGAUGAAGGGGCGUCGUCUAGACUUGCAGGGGAUACGGGUACUGAAAAAAGGUCCUCAGGAUGAAGUGGCCAGAAGCUCUUGCUAUGGAGACUGCAGAAGUGAAGAUGAUGAAGCAACAGAAUGGAUCACAUUCCAGGUCAAACGUGUAAAGAAACCCAAAGGAAAUCAUAAAAAACCUUCUAGGAAAAAGAUAGAAUCAAAUCAAGCAGAAAAUGGGCAUCAUUACCAAGCAAACCUGGAAAUCACUGGCCCAAAGGUGGUAUCUCCUGGACCACCAGGAAAAAAACAUGACUACCAGAGUCUGGGAUGGCCCAGUCCAGAUGAGUGCCUCAAACUUCGCUGGGUAGAGCUAACUGCCAUUGUGAGUACCUGGCUGGCAGUUUCUUCAAAAAACAUUGACAUCACUGAACACAUAGACUUUGCCACCCCCAUACAGCAGCCAGCAAUGGAGCCACUGUGUAAUAGCAACCUCCCUACAAGCAUGCACACCCUGGACCACUUACAUGGAGUUUCCAACCGAGCCAGCCUUCACUACACGGGUGAGAGCCAACUAACAGAGGUAUUGCAGAAUCUUGGCAAAGACCAGUAUCCACAACAGUCUCUUGAGCAAAUUGGUACCCGAAUUGCCAAAGUUUUGGAAAAGAACCAGACAUCCUGGGUCCUUUCCAGCAUGGCAGCCCUCUACUGGAGAGUGAAAGGCCAAGGAAAGAAGGCCAUUGACUGCCUGCGCCAGGCACUGCACUAUGCUCCACACCAGAUGAAGGAUGUGCCCCUCAUUAGCCUGGCCAACAUCUUGCAUAAUGCCAAGCUCUGGAAUGAUGCUGUCAUCGUAGCCACCAUGGCAGUAGAGAUUGCACCACACUUUGCUGUGAACCACUUUACACUGGGCAACGUCUACGUGGCGAUGAUGCAAUAUGGACACAGAAAACCUUAACAUCAAAACACUGGAUGAGACUUGGACAUGGCCUAGCUAGGAGUUCUCCAAUACCACCCUUGGUUUUUGCUUCCCUUGUCAGGAGGUAGUCUGUUCUUCCCAGCAAGGACAUUGCUUCUGUCACUGACCAUGGUAUAGCUUCUCAUCCAUCAUCCUGCUGUCUCCUGGCUUUUUCUUCAUCUCCAAAUGGCUGUUUGCUCAUCCUGGUAUAAGGAUCCCACCUAUAGCAUUCCCCCUUCCCUCUUCAAGAAGCUUUGUUCUGGGCAGUAUUGUCACCCAUUCUUCCCCAUAGUGGUGGGCUUCAUGGCCUAGCCUUUAUGGUAUAAUGGUGUGGAAGGAGAUGGAGAGUUGAGUGAAGUACUGAGAGUAACAUGUGAUAGCUUUGCAUGACUACAACAAAAUAACCAAAGCCAUUCUUUUAUAAAAAGGGAAAGAUUUUUUUAGCUCAUGGUUUAGAAGUCUCGGAGUGCAAGGGAUGUCUGGCCUCUGGUAUGGUUGCAGAUGGUAGUACAACAUGGCAGGAACAGUCACAUUGUGAAUCAGAGACAGAGUACUUGUUCCUUUAAGAACAAUUCUCUAGAGAGAACUACUGGAGUUCCAUGAUCCUAACAUGUGGUGUGGGGAGCUUAUUCAGGAGGAUUGUCAGAAGUUCAGUGCCAGGGGGUGGAGAUGUUGGGAUACAGGAGAGAGUGUUUCAAUAAGAAUAGCUGAGGGCUGGAGAGAUUGCUUAGUGGUUAAGGUGCUUGCCUGCGAAGCCUAAGGACCCAAGUUUGAUUCCCAGUACCCACAUAAGCCAGAUGU